AAGCAAUUAUUGUGAAAACGAAACGGCCCACAACAUCUUCUUCCGACUCGAAAGGCCAAGGAUUUGGGGCGACUGCGUCCGCCGCAAGACAUGGGGCGUCCCGCGGCGGCGGAGGUGGCGAAGGCCGCGGUGAAGGCGGCGGCCGAGGGGUGGCGGAUCAUCCCUCGGCCUCUCCUCGAGACGAUCCUUAACAACUACGCCCUACACCACCGCGUCCCUCAACCCGUUGUCCUUCACGGCCCCCGCGGCGUCGGCAAGACCUCCCUUCUCCUCCACCGUCUCCUUCCGGAGUGGAACAAGGGCCCCCACGUCGCAGCCUACGUCGACCUCGCCGGAGACCCUUCUGCGACCCGCCCCUGGGCCUCUUUCUCCGCCGCCUCGGCGCUGCCGGCUCUGGGAGCCCUGCGUGGACGCCUUGAGCGCGAACUCGAGGCCCUGGUCGACCACGGGGUCCGCCGCGGUACCAUCGGCAGUCGUGACGUCUUCACCGCACUAAACAAAUGGCACGGCCUCGACACCGCCCUCCGACGCAUCAUUGGCCCCGGUCGCCUGUCUAAGAAGGACGAGGCGGCUUCUGCUUCCGCCCUCUGGUCUAAGGCGUUGCUCGCCUUCUCAGUGCGGAUUGGAACAGGGGAGAUCAAUGUCUCUCUUGCUGUGGCGGAGGAGAAGGCAAUGGUCACUGGUGGUACUAGGAAAUACUCCAUGGACGAGGUGGCGUACAUGAGGGAGGCGGUGACAUCGUUAAAGCUUGCGAAGGAGGUGAUAGGAAUGCAUCAGGAGUGGAGGAGGGAGCCCAUGAAACAUCUAAACUGGACGGGAGGGUUCUCAAGGUCUCUGGCGAAUUCUUCAACCGAUUGGCCCUGCAUCUUGCUCGACAUCCUCUCUGCAGCAGCGGAAGUCGACUUCUUCCAGCCUAAGCUGGUUAUAAACAAUGUUGACGUUCUGCGAAAGGCUAUUUUUUCAGAUGACUCAACAGUUUCUGCUGCAGUGUAUCAUGAUAGUUUCAUAUGGAGAUUGAUAGCCCUAGGUGCGAACGAUAGGUGCUUGCCUGUCAUUCUUGUAACAUCAGAUAGUUACUAUUCCUACCAAGCAUUCAUUGACUUUGGAUUUCCAGACAUUUUUAUCUCACGUGAGACUUUCGGCUGGACGCAUCAAGAAGCUAAGCUGCAUAUGGUCUCUCAGUUCUUUAGUGAAUCUGAGUGGAAAGUGAUUGAUGAGGUUCUUGGUCCAAAUCCUCGGCAACUUUCUGAGCUUUACAUGCUUAAAAAAAGUUGUUUUUACUUGGAGGUAAUGCGGGAUGGCAGUAGUAAUUUUGAGGAUGUUGUUGAUGCAUACUUGGCAUAUCUGCAAGUAACUGUGGUGAACCCAGCAAUGGAAUCAGUUCUAGUCAUUCUACAGAAGUUUGCUUCUGAUGUACGUACUGGAACAGUUCCCAUAGAUCGAUUACAUUUUGGUGCUCCUUGGAGACAUCCACCUCACACUGAUGAUCCUGUUGCAUCCUUAAAGUGGGCAAAGAUUCAACUCAUGGAUUUUGUCCAAUCAUUUGUGAAUGUUGAAUUUGGUGUUAAUUUUUUAGCCGACGAUAGCCUUGAAAUACUGGACGAUCCUUCAAUUGUUGCGAUGUUGGAGGUGGGCUUAUUAUAUAAACAGAGAGAUCCAUCUUUUAUUCGGCCAAUAACUCGAGGCAUCCAGAGGUGCCUUGCGAGAUGGCUUGUUCAGCAAAAGAUGCAAAUGAGAUUUGGAGAACGUGUAACAUACUUAUGGCAACGGGUAAUGCGUGGGCGAAGCUAUCGCCAUUUAAUGAAGGAAAUAGGCUAUAAAUAGAUGAAAGAGAUCUGUUGCCACAAAUUUACCUCCACGGAAAUAACCCCUUGGAUUUCUCGAUGGUUGAGGCAUAUGUUAUUUUGUGCUGGCAAACCUAUCCAGGCAGACAUAUUCCUGUAAUUUGAUCAGCCAAAUGAAUUCAAAUAAAGAAAAGGGGAAUCAUGAUGCUGGAUGAAGUGCUUACAGUUGCAAUAAAUUGAAGGAAGCUAAUAAAGCUCGUAUAUUUGAAAAUCUACAUAUCAGAAUACAUGGUACUCUUAGAUUUAUCAUUAUGAUUUGGUUGCAACUUGUACUAUUGUAUUUUGUGGCGUUUAAACUGACGGGAUUGCAGUCUGAAGGUAAACACUCUAUUUGUAAUUUUGUAGUAACCAAUGGCCUAACCUAGUUUCAGAAACUAGGAGAAAAGGAAAGAGAUCUAUUAU